AUGAGCUCCAAGAAACAUGAGUACCGAGAAGCCAAGACCGUGUUUGUAACGGACGGAAAUUCUGACCGGAUUUACGCCUGCACGUUCAGUGGCUCGUGCUCUGUGUUUCACGAGGAUCCCGGGAUGCAACUCAUGGACAUCAAACUGUUAGACGACAACAUGUUUUACUCCGCGUGGAAUAAAGUGUACAUUACACGAAUAAAUAUCCACACUAAGGAGGUUGUAAAGUUUGCUGAAAACGCCGAACUUGGAAGAUUGGGGACCAUCGCAGUGUACAGUUCUUCUUCGGCUGUACCAGUGACCAGUUCUUGCAGCCCAAACAAAGGCAGGGCUAAUUGCAGCACACUUUGUCUCCCAAGCUCUAUUGGAUAUACGUGCGCAUGCGCAGAUGGCGUGUCCUUAUUACCAGAUGGGAAGACGUGCUCGAAUGUCGCCACUUCAACGACAACAACGACGUUAACUACACCGACAACAACUACGACACAAACAACAUCAAAAACUACAACAACUGUCCUAACAACGACAACGACAGCUUCUACCUACACAUCAAGAACAACAACUAGUUCUCUGCCACGGUCCGACUCCACAUCAAGAACAACAACUAGUUCUCUGCCACGGUCCGACUCCACAUCAAGAACAACAACUAGUUCUCUGCCACGGUCCGACUCCACAUCGAGAACAACAACUAGAUUUCCGCCACGGUCCGACUCCACAUCAAGGACAACAACUAGUUUACCGCCAAGGUCCGACUCCACAUCAAGAACAACAACUAGUUCAUUGCCACGGUCCGACUCAACAUCAAGAACAACAACUAGUUCAUUGCCACGGUCCAACUCCACAUCAAGAAUAACAACUAGUUUACCACCACGGUCCAGUACGAGCUUGCAGGGAUCGCCUACUGCCAUUGUGAAUGUUGCCUCCAUGAUUCCAUAUAUUGGCGUUGGUGCUGGGGGUGCCCUUGUACUCAUCGUUGCCGUCGUCAUCGUCUGUGCUAUCAUUCCUGUGUACGGAAGCCUUAUCAUAAAUCGAUGA